GUCCCAUCCAUUUUAAUACUUUUCAGUUUUCACAGUCACACCACACACACACCUCUCUCUCUCUCUCUCUCCCAUUCUUCUUUUUCUUCUUCCUCGUUACCAUCAACACAUUCCCUCCUUCACCAUGGAUCGUACGAGUCAUCGGUGCAUUUGCGGACAGAAUCCAAGCAUGUGCUAUGCUUUCAUAGCCGCGUGUGAGUGCCGCACACGCCUGGAAGAGAUGCUCCAUAAACCAGAACAUCAACGGAACCUGAUUGAACUCGACGUCGACGAUCUGGUCAACUCGGUCAAAGAUUUCGACGACGUAUUCUGGGCCCUCCAGUACAUGGGCACAGUUGGAGUAAGAUCUCGACCUUUAUCCCCAACCGCAGCUGAAAUACCCGGGUCUGAGUGGACCGGCCGGUUCAAAAUCAAAGGCAUCAGAAGAAUCCCAACAACUAAAUUGGACCAAGUGAAGAGCUACAUCCGCGAGAAAUGCGGCGUCUUAGCUACGUUUCGUAUCAACCAAGAUUUCUAUUCACAUUCCGUUGCGAUGCCGUAUGAACGUGACAGAAGCACUGCAGAUAACGGUUUCCAUAACGUGUGUUUGACUGGGUAUGAUGAUAACAAAGGAAUUUGGUCAUUUCUGAAUAGUUUUGGUGCGGAUUGGGGAAAGAAUGGUUUUGGAAAGAUUAGGUAUAAUCAUGUUGUGCAGUAUGUAGUGCCAAUAUUCAUGGAUGAAGAGAUUCUACCUAGCUAUGAGAAUGUUCAGCUUCCCAAUGAUCCUGCUCCUCCUCCUGUGGCUUCAACUUCGUCAAGUUCUUGUGAUGCUCAAGAGCAUCAAACCCGAAGAAGAUUUGGACGUCAACACUAGUCUAUUCCACAAGUUCUACGGUAGCUUUUAUCUGAUUUCAUUAAUCAAACUUUAUCAUUCAAGGGCAACAUGUGUUUAAUAGAACUCCUGUUGUUAAAUUUUAGUCGUGCUACAUGUUAGUUUGACGAUUGCUGUUAAUUACAUAUUAAAAUUUUGGAUUUAUGUAAACCUAUUAAACUAGACGUGCUAUAUAUUUUAAGAUAAUAUAGACUUUAGUUUAUUAU